AUGAAUCUAGAUGAAGGGGACUUCUAUAAUUUUGCAACAAAGAUAACUAAUUUAAAGAAUGCAAAUUCCUAUAAAAAGUAUGUACAAUUAGAACAAAAUAAUACUACUGUUACUGAUCAUGAUAAUAUAUGCAAAAAUUUGAAUAUUAAUAAUAGCAUUGUUGAUUCUGAGCUCCUUAGGAAUAUAAGAAAUAAUGCUAAAAAAUUGAAUAGUGUUAAAUGUGAAAACGAAUAUAAGGAAGAUUGUUCCUACUAUAAAUACUGGAUAUUUAGAGAAAUAUGGAAAUUAUAUAAAAUUAAGAAAACUUCACACAAAAUCAGCGAUAUUAUUAAAGAGUUUAUGAAAUUAAAUAUUUGUACCAAAAAAAAUGACAACAAAAAAUAUUCUUGCCAAUAUUAUUUUACUCAUAAUAACGAGGAUGAAUUAAAAUAUUUUUUAGAACAGAAGAACUUAUUUGAUUAUUUUAAAAGCUAUGAUAAAAUUAUAAGUUUAUUACCAUGUAAUAAUGAGAAUAAUACUGUAUAUAUGAAUUACCUUAAAUAUAUUAAUGAAACAUAUAAUAAACAUUUAGUUCAAGAGGAAUGUUGUUACUUCGGUGCAUCACUUUGCCAAAGUUAUUUUUUAAGUUGUGACGACAUGUAUAAUCCAAGUAAACUAAUAGCAUUGCUUCAAUCCAGUGAUAAAGAAGAUUUCCAAAAAAUUCUUGAUUAUAAUUUAAGUAAAAAAGCCCAAGAGGAAUCUUCUAGUAAUACACCAAAAAUUGACAUGUAUAUUAAAUAUUUAGGAUGUGCUAAGGUUACUAAAGAUGGUUUUAAUGAAACGGCUAUUGUAUGUGAGCAACCUGGAUACCGUCCCCAUUUGAAAAAAACACAUAUAGAUAUAAAACGCACAGAUUCCGCAGUUAGUGAUAACUCAAAUAGAAACGUUCAUCAGUUGGAAAUUAAUGAAAAACCAAUAAAUGUAGUUCUAAUAUCCAAUCAAGAUUAUAACUAUAAGAGUAAAUCCAUAAACGAUAACAUUAACUCAGAAGAUAUUUACACUUUAUUUCCUGAAAUAACAGGAGAUUAUCGUGUAAAAUAUGAGGAAGAAUCGAAAAUAUCUUGUAACAGUGAUCAUAUAGAUAAGUCAAAGCAAAUGUAUUGUAGACGAUCAAAAAUAUAUAAAAAGCUAUUAAAUCGAGAUCAAACGAUAACACGUAAAAACGUUUCCUUGAAUGAUAUUCUGGAUAUGAAAGAUCUGGAGUUAUAUAAUACAUCAAUUAUGACAAAUAAUUUAAAAGAAAAUAUUCUUUUCCGUAUAGUCAUAAUGAUUAUAUUAUCAUUAGGAGUAAUUAUGAUCUUCUUCAUCUACUAUAAGGUAAAAAAUUUUACCCCUUUUGGAAGUUUGUUAAAAAAGAAAAUAGGAAAAAGUAAAAUAAAUAAAAGUAAAUUUAAAUAUAAUGCAGAAAAUCACACAUCGACGUCUGAACAUAUACCUAAAAAUAUGAAAUUGACCAAUAAGCGUGCACAUUUAGCUUACAAUACAGCAUUAUAA